AUGCGUGGGUGCAUACACCCACUCCGCUGUUCCCCCUGAUCCCAUAUGACCAACGCCAGCUGUACUACACAUCCACAAAAACACUUUAUCUAUAAAACUACCCACUAAAACCCCCUCGACUUUUUAAACAUUUCAACAGCACUUCAAGGUUUUUCUGUAGUCGGGCAGUUUGGUGCCAACCCACAACAAACAUGCAUCUCCAGAUCUACUAGUUUAUGACAUGCAAACAGACAGUAAAAGUGAAGCAUGCGGUUGUAUCACCAAGGCUUCGUUUGCAUCAGCCUCACGAACAUGGAACACACACCGACACACACACACGACACACACACACAGACUGAGAGGGGCUGAGCGAGGAGUAUAAAAGGGGGCAUCCUUCCCACUCAUCAGAGAAGUGCUCUGUUCUUGCACACUUCUUGAAUACGGCAAGCCUGUUUUCUCAAGAUGACUGUCGGACUGUGUGUGUGCGCUGUGCUGGCCGUCCUGUGUUCGAGCUGCUUCGGGCUGCCCUUCUCCCCCCAGCCCGUAGACGAGGACCAGCGCUACUUCUCAGUUCCCUCUAAAGCCGUCUUCGAGGCUGACGCCCCCAUCCCUGGGGAGACCCACCUCCGACACAGACGCUCGAGCCCCCAGCUGAAACCCUUCUCUCAGACCGAGGAGGAUGCAGAUUCCCGCGCGAACCUCAGCGAACUGCUGGAAAGGCUCAUCUCCUCCAGGAAAGGUUCUGUGCGUAGAAACUCCUUGGCCCAGAAAAAAGGUGGCGGUCUGGACACCAAGCAUCGGAUAGCGGACAGGGACUAUAUUGGAUGGAUGGAUUUUGGCCGGCGCAGUGCAGAAGAGUUUGAGUACGCCUCGUAAGAGGAAGCAGCUUCUCCUCCAUGGGAAGGGAAAAAAAAAGAUACACACCAAGCUGGCUCCCCACUGUCACCCAACAAGAGCCUAUUUAUGACGUAUUUGUUGUACAUUUGUUUGUAAAACUGUAAUAACGCAAUAUUCAUACUGUAUGCCAAAUUUUUUGCAGAGAGCUCUUUCUGUUUGUUUUCUUGUUCAUCUGGUUUCUUUAUCAUUUGGGGUAAAAAGAUUUGGGUCUGUUGAGACUAACUGGGCUGAAUAAAGAUUAUAAAUACCCA